UACUGCACGCGUGUUUAUAUCUUUGGCCAAGUUUCGUUUGAGAGCUCAUUCAGCUUGGCGCGUCCCGAUCUGAAGAUCGUCAGUUAACGUUGACGAUAUUUCGUUCGUAAUGUGAAUCUUGGAAUUCUGGCCCUUUGUGAACUUAUUAAACCGAUUACGAAGAACAAGACAAAGGGCAGGAAUUAAAUAAACUUUAAUAAAACUCCAGUCGUUGAGACUUGAGUUUUGGAGCUCGCGUCUUGUGCUUGUGUCAAUGGUCAGUGAAGUGUACGAGAAGCUUGUGCGAACAUGUCAGUUCAAAGGGGUGGCACCGGGAGCUUUCGUUAUUGUUUUUAUUACUGUCCCCGCACCGGUUUCGAGAUUUACGACUUGGAGACGCCAGAGCAAGCGGAAGCAGCUGAGCAGGAAGAAGCUCGUAAUGGCGUGAACGUGGAAGGCUCCACCCACAGGCAGGUGGUGGACCUAAUCAAGUCGGGAGGCGACUGUCUCACGCUCACAGUCAUAUCUGUCACACAGAGGGAAGCGGAACGCCUAGAGCCAUGCGACGACGGCUCAGCCCCGGUAGGCGUCAUCGGCGGCGCGGCGAAUUCCCGCGCGACGGUCUACCAGCGCUACGACUACACCGACAAGCGGUCGCUGCCCGUUUCCAUCCCGGACUACCGGUUGGUGAUGGAGCGCAACACUGGCCGGUCCUACGUGGCCUUUAACGUGCAUAUGGCGGGAAGGCAUUUGUGCAGUCGCCGGUAUAGGGAGUUCGCGGCUCUGCAUCAGCAGCUGAGGAAAGAGUUCUUAGGUUUCAAUUUCCCAAAGCUACCAGGCAAAUGGCCAUUCACGCUAAGCGAACAGCAACUGGACGCCAGGAGAAGAGGUCUUGAACAGUAUUUAGAAAAGGUGUGCGCCGUCCGCGUAAUCGCCGAGUCAGACGCAGUCCAGGAGUUCCUAACCGACUCUGACGACUCGUCCAACCCCUCUCCAGUCGAACUCAAAGUGCUCCUACCAGACAAGGAAGUGGUGACGGUGUCGGUCCUCAAGUCUACCAAUGCUGAUGACGUGUACCGCGCGGUGUGCGAAAAGAUUGGCCUGUCCAAGUCGCUGUAUGACUACUUCUAUUUAUUCGAGAUCGUCGAGUAUAAUUUUGAACGCAAACUCCAACCCAACGAGUGCCCUCACUCCCUCUACAUCCAGAACUACUCGACGGCGUCGAGCUCGUGCCUGGCCAUCCGCAAGUGGCUGUUCAACCCGGCGCGCGAGGUGCAAGUCGUCAGCGAAGACCCCAAGGCCGCUGCCUUCAUCUUCUGGCAGGCAGUAGAGGACGUGAACCGUGGCGUGUGCGUAGCGGGCGCGCGUUUGUACCAACUGAAAGCGUUACAAGAUGUCCGUCGCGCGGCCGACUAUCUCGCUCUCGCUCGCACGCUGCCGGGCUACGGGGACAUCGCCUUCCCUGUCGCGCGCACCGACUCGCGCGCCACGCCCGCCGUCGCCGUCACCGUGGGUUGGAACGGGCUCAAGCUGUCCGCGUGGAGCGAGGAGGGCGGACACACACCGGAGGCUUCAGUGGAGGUGCGCUGGCGCAGCGUGCGCUCCUGGCGCGCCGACGACGACGCCGCCGCCCUGCGCCUGCUGUACUCGCGCCGCGACCAGCCGCCGCGCGCGCUCGCGCUCCACACGCCCGCGGUCAGUACACCUGCAGGCGACACACACCGGAGGCUUCAGUGGAGGUGCGCUGGCGCAGCGUGCGCUCCUGGCGCGCCGACGACGACGCCGCCGCCCUGCGCCUGCUGUACUCGCGCCGCGACCAGCCGCCGCGCGCGCUCGCGCUCCACACGCCCGCGGUCAGUACACCUGCAGGCGACACACACCGGAGGCUUCAGUGGAGGUGCGCUGGCGCAGCGUGCGCUCCUGGCGCGCCGACGACGACGCCGCCGCCCUGCGCCUGCUGUACUCGCGCCGCGACCAGCCGCCGCGCGCGCUCGCGCUCCACACGCCCGCGGUCAGUACACCUGCAGGCGACACACACCGGAGGCUUCAGUGGAGGUGCGCUGGCGCAGCGUGCGCUCCUGGCGCGCCGACGACGACGCCGCCGCCCUGCGCCUGCUGUACUCGCGCCGCGACCAGCCGCCGCGCGCGCUCGCGCUCCACACGCCCGCGGUCAGUACACCUGCAGGCGACACACACCGGAGGCUUCAGUGGAGGUGCGCUGGCGCAGCGUGCGCUCCUGGCGCGCCGACGACGACGCCGCCGCCCUGCGCCUGCUGUACUCGCGCCGCGACCAGCCGCCGCGCGCGCUCGCGCUCCACACGCCCGCGGUCAGUACACCUGCAGGCGACACACACCGGAGGCUUCAGUGGAGGUGCGCUGGCGCAGCGUGCGCUCCUGGCGCGCCGACGACGACGCCGCCGCCCUGCGCCUGCUGUACUCGCGCCGCGACCAGCCGCCGCGCGCGCUCGCGCUCCACACGCCCGCGGUCAGUACACCUGCAGGCGACACACACCGGAGGCUUCAGUGGAGGUGCGCUGGCGCAGCGUGCGCUCCUGGCGCGCCGACGACGACGCCGCCGCCCUGCGCCUGCUGUACUCGCGCCGCGACCAGCCGCCGCGCGCGCUCGCGCUCCACACGCCCGCGGUCAGUACACCUGCAGGCGACACACACCGGAGGCUUCAGUGGAGGUGCGCUGGCGCAGCGUGCGCUCCUGGCGCGCCGACGACGACGCCGCCGCCCUGCGCCUGCUGUACUCGCGCCGCGACCAGCCGCCGCGCGCGCUCGCGCUCCACACGCCCGCGGUCAGUACACCUGCAGGCGACACACACCGGAGGCUUCAGUGGAGGUGCGCUGGCGCAGCGUGCGCUCCUGGCGCGCCGACGACGACGCCGCCGCCCUGCGCCUGCUGUACUCGCGCCGCGACCAGCCGCCGCGCGCGCUCGCGCUCCACACGCCCGCGGUCAGUACACCUGCAGGCGACACACACCGGAGGCUUCAGUGGAGGUGCGCUGGCGCAGCGUGCGCUCCUGGCGCGCCGACGACGACGCCGCCGCCCUGCGCCUGCUGUACUCGCGCCGCGACCAGCCGCCGCGCGCGCUCGCGCUCCACACGCCCGCGGUCAGUACACCUGCAGGCGACACACACCGGAGGCUUCAGUGGAGGUGCGCUGGCGCAGCGUGCGCUCCUGGCGCGCCGACGACGACGCCGCCGCCCUGCGCCUGCUGUACUCGCGCCGCGACCAGCCGCCGCGCGCGCUCGCGCUCCACACGCCCGCGGUCAGUACACCUGCAGGCGACACACACCGGAGGCUUCAGUGGAGGUGCGCUGGCGCAGCGUGCGCUCCUGGCGCGCCGACGACGACGCCGCCGCCCUGCGCCUGCUGUACUCGCGCCGCGACCAGCCGCCGCGCGCGCUCGCGCUCCACACGCCCGCGGUCAGUACACCUGCAGGCGACACACACCGGAGGCUUCAGUGGAGGUGCGCUGGCGCAGCGUGCGCUCCUGGCGCGCCGACGACGACGCCGCCGCCCUGCGCCUGCUGUACUCGCGCCGCGACCAGCCGCCGCGCGCGCUCGCGCUCCACACGCCCGCGGUCAGUACACCUGCAGGCGACACACACCGGAGGCUUCAGUGGAGGUGCGCUGGCGCAGCGUGCGCUCCUGGCGCGCCGACGACGACGCCGCCGCCCUGCGCCUGCUGUACUCGCGCCGCGACCAGCCGCCGCGCGCGCUCGCGCUCCACACGCCCGCGUAUCAAUUCUUAUGCAACUGCAUGGACAGAAUAGCAGAAGAGGCGAACUGGGUCGACACCGGCGAAUAAGCGUCUCUAGAAGUAAGCUCUCCCAAUGUAUUACACGCCGCCAUUUU